AGGCGGGGAGACCACCAGCCUUACCUGUCGGCCCUCAGGCAGCCCAGCCCCCCCGGAGUACCCCACACACAAGGACAUGAAGCUGUUGGAGAACUCGAGCUUUGAGGCCAUCAACUCGCAGCUGACGGUGGAGACGGGAGAUGCGCACAUCAUUGGCAGGAUCGAGAGCUACUCGUGUAAGAUGGCAGGCGACGACAAGCACAUGUUCAAGCAGUUCUGCCAGGAAGGUCAGCCCCACGUGCUGGAGGCAUUGUCCCCGCCGCAGACCUCGGGCCUGAGCCCCAGCCGUCUGGGCAGGAGUCAGGGCGGCGAGGACGAGGGCCCGCUCAGCGACACGUGCAGCCGUAAGACCCUCUUCUACCUGAUCGCCACGCUCAACGAGUCCUUCCGGCCCGACUACGACUUCAGCACGGCCCGCAGCCACGAGUUCAGCAGGGAGCCCAGCCUGAGCUGGGUGGUGAACGCUGUCAACUGCAGCCUCUUCUCUGCCGUGCGAGACGACUUCCGGGCCCUCAGGCCGCAGCUGUGGGAUGCUGUGGACGACGAGAUCUGUCUGGCUGAGUGCGACAUCUACAGCUAUAACCCUGACCUGGACUCAGACCCCUUCGGGGAAGACGGCAGCCUGUGGUCCUUCAACUACUUCUUUUACAACAAGCGGCUGAAGCGCAUUGUCUUCUUCAGCUGCCGCUCCAUCAGCGGCUCCACCUACACCCCAUCAGAGGCGGGCCAGGAGCUGGACAUGGAGCUGGGGGAAGAGGAGAUGGAGACAGAGCAGGGCGGCGAGGCAGGGGCUGAGGAGGCGAGCGCCAGGGAGGACAGAGUCCCUGUGGUUUGUAUGUGACGGCGAGGAGGAGGAGCAGAACCAGCUUCGUCCAGCUUGGACCAGACGCACACCUGCUGGCCUGAGGCGCCGGCCGCCCUGCUGCUGGCC